UAGCCUAUCAGAUCCGGCCCUUGCUUACCAAAGCAUUGGACCGGGUUCGAGUCCGGCGUACACCAAUGAAUAUUUUCAAUAUUUAAGUGUAUUAUUCUGCUCAGCCCAAGAAAUAAAACGAGUUCCAAUCUCAAAAGUUUACCCCCUACCUAGCCUAUCAGAUCCGGCCCUUGCUUACCAAAGCAUUGGACCGGGUUCGAGUCCGGCGUACACCAAUGAAUAUUUUCAAUAUUUAAGUGUAUUAUUCUGCUCAGCCCAAGAAAUAAAACGAGUUCCAAUCUCAAAAGUUUACCCCCUACCGUA